GCUCAGCGUAUUGCUGCUCAUAGCCAUGUCAAAGGAUUGGGUCUAGAUGACAAUGGAAAUGCAAUUGAUGUUGCUGCCGGUCUUGUUGGUCAAACAGCAGCACGUGAGGUUGCCAGCACUUGUCAACAUAUAACCGAACCCUGGAACAGUUUUUGUAAAAAAGAAAGGAUGUGAACAAGUGACCUACUUAUAUAUAGCACAAUAUGCUAUGAGCCCUUCUGGAAAGCUAUUGCCAAACAUUUACAUAUGCUUGCAAGAGAAUACUGGCUCUUCUGGACCGAGGAUUAAAAAAAUGGUGGAUGAAUAUGCAGCAAAAUACAAGAAUAUCGUCAUCACCUCUUCAAAAUCUGGAAAACUUAUAACCGCAUUGUACACAAAAUUUUUAAUGGAUGUGUUGAAGCCAUACGUAUAUGAGAACAAAUUUUUCUGCUGAUUAACUCAUGGGAGGACAAACUAAUCCGCAAUUAUACGACAAACUCUUGCAAGAUGAAGAAGGAUUGGUGUCAAAGUAAUUCCCCUAAGUGUACUCCACUGGUGCAACCCUGCGAUAUAUAUUCGUCAGGUUAAAAACUUUAUUAAAAGAAUAUAAAAUUGCUCUUAUCUCAUCAAGCAAGAAACAGGAAAUAACUUCCCGAGAAGACUGCAUAAAAAUACAUUCGAUUGUUCAUCAUCAAUUAUCCAUGCCAAUAUUCGGUAACAUGUUACGUUACAUGUGGUUUGCUUCUAAACUUUGUGAUGAGAGAGAAUGCUUUAUGAAUGUCAGUCAGGCUGCUGGAAUUGUUGUAGAUUUAAUAAAUGCUAAAAAAAUGGCAGGUCGAGCUCUACUUAUUGCUGGACCUCCUGGCACGGGGAAGACUGCUAUUGCACUAGCUGUUGCUCAAGAAUUAGGAUCAAAAGUACCAUUUUGUCCUAUGGUUGGUAGUGAAGUAUACUCAUCGGAAAUCAAGAAGACCGAGGUAUUAAUGGAGAACUUUCGUCGUGCCAUAGGUUUGAGAAUUAAGGAAGUAAAAGAAAUUUAUGAAGGAGAAGUUACAGAAAUCAGCCCUGUUGAAAGUGAAAAUCCUAUGGGAGGUUAUGGAAAAACAACAACACAUGUAGCAGUUGGCUUAAAAACAGCGAAGGGUUCCAAGAAAUUAAAACUAGAUCCAACAAUUUUUGAAAGUAUUCAAAAGGAGAAGGUUGCUGUUGGUGAUGUAAUUUAUAUUGAAGCUAACAGUGGAGCUGUUAAGAGACAAGGAAGAUGUGAUACAUAUGCUACUGAGUUUGAUUUAGAGGCAGAAGAAUAUGUUCCUCUGCCUAAAGGAGAUGUACAUAAAAAGAAAGAAAUUGUGCAAGAUGUCACGCUUCAUGAUCUGGAUGUAGCAAAUGCUAAACCACAAGGUGGUCAAGAUAUUUUGUCGAUCAUGGGCAUGCUCAUAAAGCCGAAAAAGACAGAAAUUACAGAUAAACUAAGGAAGGAAAUCAAUAAAGUUGUCAAUAAGUAUAUUGAUCAAGGAAUAGCAGAACUUGUACCUGGUGUUCUGUUUAUUGAUGAAGUGCACAUGCUAGACAUAGAAUGCUUUACUUACCUACAUAGAGCACUUGAAUCAUCAAUAGCUCCUAUUGUCAUAUUUGCUACAAAUCGUGGUAGAUGUAGCAUCAGAGGUGCUGAAGAUAUUAUAUCAGCUCAUGGUAUUCCCAUUGAUCUUCUGGACCGGCUCAUGAUUAUCCGUACUUUGCCUUACACAAGUUCUGAAAUGAUUCAAAUUCUGAAAAUUCGUGCAAAUGUAGAAGGCAUAGCAGUUGAUGAAGAAUCACUUCUAGCUUUAGGAGAAAUAGGAAUGAAAACUACUUUAAGGUAUGCAGUACAGUUAUUAAGUCCUGCAAGUUUGCUAGCUAAAGUAAAUGGCAGAACAUCCGUCAAGAAGCAAGAUAUUGAUGAAAUUUGUUCCCUUUUCCGUGAUGCAAAAUCUUCAGCUAAACUCCUAGUUGAACACAAAGACAAAUAUCUGAAAUAACUACUAUAACUGGUGAUAAUGUUUUCAUUUUGUAAUUCUUUUCAUGCAUCAUUACUGCAAUAGUGUAUAUUAUAAAUGAGCUUUCUGAAUUAAAAAGUUGAUUAUCAUCUGAA